UGUCGAUAUAAUUUAUUCUGUGAAGUUUAUCUUAAGCAAUAGUCCAAUUUAUACCAAAUUACUUCCCUCAUGAAGGUCACACAUUUUAAUACCUCAAUUUCUUAAUUGAUUCUAAUUUGGUUAAUUCUUCAAAAUUUUUAUUUUAUAUUCAUUUCUUAUAUUUUGAGUGUAUUUUUUAGUAUUAGAGUAUUUCUGUAUCAAAAUGCCUUUUGAUUCCUUUGUUGUCGCUAUUUUUAACAAAUUACUUAUUUUUAAUUUCAGAAUCUUUUAUUUGACAAUUUUUUAAAUUUAUUGUAAUUUUUCGAAUUUGUUUAUUUUUAAGUUUCAAUAUUGUUUCAUAAUGUUUGGGAUUCUUCACAUGGUUGACUUGGUAUGAAUUUAUUUUAAAUUUUUAUUUUUUCAAAUGACAUUUGAAUAUUAAUUUUCAAACGCUAGUGGAUUCUUAUCCUUUUAUUUUUCAACAUUGGAUUAUUUUUAAGAAUUUAAAUAACCACCUCAUUACACACAUGUUAUUUCAUUUAUUUUAAGUUACAAUGGGUGAAACGUCGGAGAAGAUUACACUCAGAACUAGUCUUCGCAGGAUGUUUAAUGAAUCUACAGGAGCACUAACAAUUAGACACUUAACAGAUGUACGUCUUUUGUAUGGGAUUUCCGACCUUCUGUUGUCUGGAAAGUGUAAAACAAUAUUCCUGUAUGAGACACACGACCCUGAAAUUGUCCUCUAUGUUUUAUCUGCAGUUUCCACCGCAAGGAAUGUUCUUUUACAACUACAUAUUGACAUUUGGAAUUCAGACAACAGGAAGUUCAUUAACCUAUUGUCUGAAGCCUUAAAUGCCCAGAGUGAAACGCUCGAACACCUCACAAUAAAGUGUAGAUUCUCAAACGAAUACCUAACUAAAGCUAUAGAAAUUCUCCCAAGCAGACUUAAAAUACUAGAUUUAUCAGAAAACAGGAUAUCUACAACUGCUUGUAUUGCGGCAUUGGUAAGGUUCAUAGAGAAUAGUGACCUAGAGUGUGUUCGUCUUGUAAACUGUAACAUUAAGCCUGAGACGCUUGGCUUUUUUGUCAAUUCAAUGUUUGAGAUUGAAAACCCAUUCAAACUCAGAACCAUUGAAGGAGUUGACUUGUCUGAGUGCAAGGAGAUACCAAAGAACGUCCGUUCAUGUUUGAAGGAACCAGCCUGUGUUACCAGAAAACGUCAGAUGAAUUAUAGGGAUUAUUCGAAGAUAUCGAGAUAUGACACAUCAGUCCAGUUUAUAGAUCAUUUAAGGAAUGUGAUAUUCAUGAAAAGGUUGGUGGGAGUGAAUGUAAGAGUAUGGUGGCCUCCAACACAGGAUGAUAACAGAACUGCAUUUUCAGGCCGUUUUUGGCCUGCAAAGGUUCUAAUGGUUAACCCAAUUGACCUCGUUCUUGUGGUGUUAUAUGAUAAUGACGAGAUAGACCACGUGCCAUGUAAAUUUGUUCAACCCCUGAACCCAUUCAAGUACGGCGGUGGGUAUACUGAUAACUACUCCUGCCACAUACUGGGAUCAACACAUCCCAGACUAAACGCUAAAUCUAAUGAGUUUAAAUCACACUGUGAAAUGUUACAUCUUAUGCGUAAAAAUAGUGAUGUCAACUCCUCUAUUGAGAUUAAUAAAGAUGUUCAUAUGGACCACUCAUAUGUAUAUAAGACGCCUGAGGUCCUUAACAGUGAUCAGGUUAAGACUAACAUCCCUGGUAUAGUCAAAUCUGGCUCAACUUCAGGCUGCUCAGUUAGUAGCAUAACGACGAGGUAUGAAGAGGGGUUUGUGUGCAGAAACUGUGGAUACAACAACAACCCCGAUUACGCCGUUAACGUUGACGUUAGCCUUGACUCAGUGGAGAAGAUGUUGGGGCUGGAUGACAAGUUCGGAGGUAAUUUGCUGGUGCCUGGGGAGUUCUGUGAGUUCAGAGACCCUCUGGAUAAGUUCAGAAAUGACCCUUCAGACUACAUUGCAGUAGUCACAAAAGUGAACGAGUCUGAGCCACUGUACGAGUGUGUGUGUAUUUACCUCGACAGCAGUGAGCUGAUAUCACUACACAGCAACGAUGUUAGAAGGGCGGUGGUCAUCCCCUGGUAUAACUGGGUAAGUCUAUCGUUCAAAAUACUCACUGAUGGACGUAUAAGCCACAAUAGUGAUAGUAUAACGCCUGACAGAUAUAACCUUAGUCACACCAACGCUUACACUCCCAACCACGAAAAUUCAAGGGUAGAUUCAGACUAUAGCGAAUGUGUUAACAGCAAUUUUUUCUAUUUGAAACGGAUAGAUUUGGCCGAUUUGGAUGAACUUUGCCCUAAAAACCCUCUUGAAAUGAAGUUGGUUGACCUGAACUCAUACCUGGCCCCAAUUUCCCGGGAGGUUAAAUCGCACCCAAAACUGACCAUUGAUGUUAGCACCGGAAAGGAUGAGGAAACUCUGAAGAUAAAGUCACUGAUGGAGUAUAACGAGACUUUGCAAAGGGAACUUCAGGCUGAGCGGAACAAGAACAUUGAACUGCAGUCCAAGUUCAAGUGCAUUUUAUGCUUUGAAACGGAGAUUAACUGCAUGCUGGAUCCCUGCGCACAUUUCAGUUUCUGUCACAAAUGUGCAAAGAACCUCAAAAGCUGUCCAGUUUGCAGACAAAAAAUUAACAAACUCAAGAUACUAAACCUCAAUUAAACUAAUUUACUAUUAUUAAAA